GUUAGCGUCGCCGCCGCUGUCAGCUGUCAACACACUUUACACGAUAAUUCUGCAUCAUCAUUGCCCCUUUCUGCAAAAUGAUGGACAGAAUAACAAUCUCCACGACAUCCUGGGAAUAACAGCCUGUUUCUUUUAGACUUUCGGACCGGUUGCGUCAGGUCGGCGCAGAGGGAUGCCGGUGGAGAGCGGCAGCAGCGCUGCUGCCCGCCAGGCUAAGCAGAAGAGGAAGUCUCACAGCCUUUCCAUCCGCAGGACCAACAGCACCGAGCAGGACCGCUCGGGCCUGCAGAGAGACAUGCUGGAAGGACAGUCCUCUGAUAAUCUGGAAUCCUUCGUGAGGAUGGAGGACUCCAAACUGCCUCUGUCCCUGAGGACCAAUCUGCUGGACCUGUUCAGUCAGAUCGAGAGGGAGUUUGAAAACCUCUACUUGGAAAACAUAGAACUACGCAGAGAAAUCGACCAGCUGAAUGACCGUUUGGCUGCAGAGGGACACGCGUUCGAAGGGUCCGAUUUAACCAAAGGAGCUCUGAAAACUAAAGCGAGUCAUAGUACCAGUCAGCUGUCUCAGAAACUGAAAACAACCUACAAGGCUUCCACCAGCAAGCCGCGUUCAAAUUCUUGCCAUGCCAGAGUAGGUGGAUCCCGCAACUUCAGCGUAACCAGCUGGGAGUUGUGGGGUGGAGACUCAUGGAUUGUGUCCAGCUUCAAGGCGACCACGUCCCGAGCCGUUUGUCAGCUGGUCAGAGAGUACGUGAGUCACAGAGACGGGAUCUGGGACCUCAGCGUCACCAGGACCCAACCCGUGGUGCUCGGCACCGCGUCUGCAGAUCACACUGCGAUGCUGUGGAGCAUUGAGACGGGGAAGUGCCUCCUGAAGUAUUUGGGCCAUCAAGGAUCAGUCAACUCCAUCAAGUUCCACCCGACUGAGCAGAUGGCUCUAACAGCCUCCGGAGACCAGACGGCUCACAUCUGGAGGUACAUGGUGCAGCUGCCGACGCCGCAGCCCGUCGCUGACCUCACUCAGACGCCCUGCGAGGACGACCUGGACUUUUCUGACAAAGAUGAGGCGGACGGCGAGCUGGAGGGGCCCAACGACUGCCCCUCCGUCCGGGUCGCGACCACGACGCUGCGCAGCCACCAGGGGGUGGUGAUCGCUGCCGACUGGUUGGUCGGGGGUAAACAGGUCGUGACGGCUUCCUGGGACCGCGCUGCCAAUCUGUACGACGUGGAGACGUCGGAGCUGGUCCACUCGCUUACUGGUCACGACCAGGAGCUCACCCACUGCUGCACCCACCCCACCCAACGCUUGGUGGUCACCUCGUCCAGAGACACCACCUUCAGACUCUGGGACUUCAGAGACCCGUCCAUCCACUCUGUCAACGUCUUCCAGGGACACACCGACACCGUGACGUCGGCCGUGUUCACCGUGGGCGACAACGUGGUGUCUGGCAGCGACGAUCGAACCGUCAAAGUGUGGGACCUGAAGAACAUGAGGUCGCCCAUAGCAACCAUCCGCACGGACUCUGCCGUCAACAGGAUCAGCGUGUCGGUGAACCAGAGGAUCAUCGCUCUCCCUCACGACAAUCGGCAGGUCCGGCUGUUCGACAUGUCCGGCGUCCGACUGGCUCGACUCCCACGAAGCAACAGACAGGGUCACCGCCGCAUGGUCUGCUGCUCCGCCUGGUGUGAAGACAACGCCACCUGCAACCUGUUCACCUGCGGCUUCGACCGGCAGGCCAUCGGCUGGAACAUCAACAUCCCCGCGCUGCUGCAGGAGAAGUGAGGCGGCGGACGGACUCUCCGGUCCCGGUCCGGCGUCGGGCUCCUCCGAGGCUGAAAAGACAGCUGGAAGAGUGUCGUCUCCGUGUCUGUGAAAGCUGCCGCCAUGCCGACGGCUGUCUUCUGAGCUUACGGAGGGAAGCGCCGCCACGUUUGAUGGUUCACCAGAUCCGUCCUGCUCCGGACUGAGAGGCAGGACAGGAAACGGACUUUAGCUCGCCGUCCGUCGCAUCUGUUCCACUCCCGGAAACGCCACCGCUGCACAGCAGACUUGGAUGUUCACCUUCCCAAAGGAAAACGCACCACUUGUUCCACUAAUAGAAAUAAGCACAAAGACAAAAGUCGCCAUUCUCCGUCUGUGAAAGUGAAGACGGGAAGCUUUCGGCUGCAGCUAAAGAUGUAGAUUGCUUGAAUGCUGAUUGAAGCUGCAUCUAACCUGUGCCACUAACAGCAGAUUCCCGUCUCCACGGAGACGGCAGUCUGCUGCUUCCAGGAAAAAAGGUCAACACGUGUUGUUGUGUCUUGGUUUUUGCCGUUGUGUACAUGUCGGGUGUUUCGUCUCCGGUGACUUACAGGAAGUUCAGCGUCUGAACGCGGCUUGGCUUAGCUUCGUUUCGCUCUGUUUGUCGUCUACAGUUUUUCAGAAGUUCACUCGUCCCUGAAGCGAGUCGUGCACUUUUCUUUUUCUUUGAGAGAACCGGUGGCUGUUACAAACUCGUUUCUGGUAUCGUUUUGUGUUGGAUUUGUCCGUAACUUGAAGGUGCUUCGUGUUGCUGCUGUUGCAGCGAUAUUUUAAAGGGAAACUCGCGUUCAGGAGCUGAUAAAAGGUGCCUGAUGGCUGUAAAAUUAAAAUAAAGAAGCAUUUGACGGCCUGCAUAUUUAGCAGUAUGUAAUAGAUACUUGAUUGUCAUCUUCCUGUGAAAUCCUUUGAAGGUUAAGAAAGCUCACUUUUAUCUUAAAUGUUACUGCAGACGGAUAUUUAACCCCUAGAGAUUUCUGAAUCCACUCAGACUUGAGGCCUGCCGUUAAAAUGUCGUUUGUUCAAAUCUGUUCACUAAAAGCUUUUAUUUCUCAUCUUCUGAACCAACGACCAACAUGACAUGAAACUUUCGUCUUGUGAUAUUUUGAAGAAACUGUAGUAGAGGAUCUUAACGCGUGUUUCGUGCGUCACUCCGGGGUUAAGAUGUAAAUGCAAACAUGUUUUAAUGAGGUCAUAAAGGGCAGUUUUAAAGUGGUUUCCACUCAAACCUUCACAGAGAAACCCGGGGAAACCAAGUGAGGUCAUCAACGAGGGCGGGGCCUCGAGUCUCUUCAGACGUAGAUGUUAGAUCUGAAACCCCGCCCACAUUUCUGAUGCCACGGCUUAUUGUCCAAUCAGGAGGCUGCAGUGUUGCCGGUGAGUUCUGCUCUCCUCGCGUGAACCCACGAACCACAACUUUAAAGACGGGAUCCUCAGAUUGAUCAGGUGAUCCAGAUGUUUCCACAGAUGUCCAACAGGAUGUAGAUCAGGGGCCGGAUUCACCAAUAUGUUCUUAAGAACUAUCUUAACAAAUGUCUUAAGAUCUAAAAUUAAGAAGUUCAUAAGAAAGUUAAGUGAAGUGAAAUUCCUCAAUAUUUUCUUAAGAACCGUCUUAAGAACUGUCAUUUCUUACGAAUUUCUUAUUUUUCCUACUUAAGAACUUCUUAAAAUAUGUCAUUGCAUUGCACGCGCCAACAAACAACAUUUAUACAGGUAGUUUGGGUCUUAACCGUCAGUCACUAAACAUGGAGAAGGAGAAAAAGAGAUGCAGGAACUUUUCAAGGUUAUGGUGGAUGAGAUUAAUGUGCGAAAAAAAAUACUAUUGGGGAAAAUUAAUAAUAAUUAACUACCACGCUAACUAACAUGCUAACAAACAGUUAACAGGCUCUUUGUGUAAUUAAUUACAAAGUAUAUCCUCAAACUCAGACCUACUAGUCUAAACUUGUCUAAAAUGUGUUGAAAAAGGUGAUAUUAGAGUUUUACCUUUUCACAGAAUACAUUUCAAGACAGGUCAAGGUUGUCUUAAAGUUAAGAAAAAAGUCAAGAACAAAUUUGAGAACUUUUAUUUCAAGAAUACCAUUUAUUCUUAAGUUUGUUCUUAAGAAAAAACUUAAGAAGAAAGUUGAGAAAAUACUAAGAACUUUUUUGGAGAAUAUGACUUCUUCUCUUUUUUCUUCUUAAGACUGAACUUAAGAAAAAAAUGACACUUAAGAAGAUUUUUUUUCUUAAGAAUGUUUUGUGAAUCCGGCCCCAGGACUCUAUUCCCGUGUUUGGUUCUGGGUUGGUUCUAGUGGAGGGUUUUGGGCCGUUGUCCUGUUGGAGGACUCAUGACCUGUGACAUCGCCGGUUUUCCUCUUGUGUCCACGUGCAGCGAGGUUUUCUUCAGUCCUCUGGAGCCUGAACUCCACCUGUCGUCUCAGAAACAUCCGGCUGCUCGGAGACGGUCUUCACCUUCACCUUCAACACGCUCGUCUGGAGUCUCAUUGUUACUUUGCUCCGUUUCAACUUCUUCUGGUUUUCUGUCCAUGUAAAACCCGACACGGCUUUGUUACCGGACAGGAGACACAUCAACACUGAAACAUGUGACAUCCAGGAGUGUUUUCGGCAGAGAAUCGUGUUUAGCCGCGUGCGUUACUUUGGUUUACGCCGAUUAUGUAAGAAAAAAAGAUUCCAGGCUGCAACAAAGGGAAUAAAGAAAGAGACGGGUGUGAAGCUCUAACAUGGGUGAAACUGCUAUAUUCCUUCUCUUUCUUUCUAGAUAUCGGCAGUGUCUAAACAGUGUUUAAACGUAGUUUUGUCGUGGUUCUCCGGACUCGCUCACUAACUCGUGUUGGUUCAGACGUUGACGCAGACAUCGGCGUCUUCACUGGGUACAGACGCGCUCUGGUGGACGUUCACGGCUGCUGUUGGUGAGCGUUGGGCUGCAGGACUAAAGAAACCUCUGGAAACAUGAAAGAUCAAUAACUUCUGGAUUGAAUAAAUCAGUCAAACUAAAAACGCUGCUCUGCUUGUCAAAAGGGAAACCUGCAAACCUGCUUUAACUUUAAAACCGCAAUAUUUCUGUGAUUUAAACUGUAAAAUAUAAAAGUCUGUCCGUCUAGUGACGACUCGGCAGCAGCUGUUUUAUUAUUAGCCUUUAUAACUUGAUAAUGUUGCAUUUAGUGUUUUAUUUAGUAUGAAUCUGUUUUGUUGCUCGAUGACUGACGUCUCAUCUGUUUUUACUUUUGUGUAAAACUGAGUUCAUGUUGUCAUUUAUGACGGGAAUUAAAGGUUUAUGGUCCAAAUCCAGACGGCUCGUCCUGCGUCAGACUCUCCCAUCGUGUGAAUUUUAAAACUUGAUCGACUGCGAACAAAAUCUUAUCAGUAAAAACCAAAUCUUGAAGUGUUUUUGCUGUUUGGAAAUGUUGGAGAAACAAGUCAGGGACCUUAGACAAACAAUUUAAUUAACUGCUUGUUAUUGGAGAAAAAAUACAAUUUCAGGAAAUAUAACCAGUACUGGAGUUGAGGGGGGAUGAGGGGGGAUGGCAUCCCCCCUGAAAUAAAAACGGUCAAAAUCAUCCCCCUGUAAAACUGCCAUCCCUCCUUUCCAUCCCUUAUGUCAUUUCAUCAAUGAAUGUGGAUUUACUGCUAUUUCAACUUUUAGAGUCAUCACCAGCAAAAUAACACCAGAAAAAUAACUUAUUUGACAAUUUUCACCUGUUUCAAGUAAAUUUUCACUUGAAAUAAAUAGGAAAAUCUGCCAAUAGGACAAUAUUUUUCUUCUCAUUACAAGCAAUACAAUCUUGUUCCACAUGCAGAUUUGUCUACUUAUUUUAAGUGAAAAUCUACUUGAAACAGGAGAAAAUUGUUGUUUUUUCCAGUGAUGAGUCUUGUUUUAAGUGUAAUGAGAUUUUUUUUACUAAAAUGAGACAUUUUAACUAGAAAUAAGACAAAUAUUCUUGUUAUGAUUUUGAGUUUUUGCAGUGAUCCAUUUUACUUAUCCUGUGAAGGACAGAGUCAUAUUGAUAAGUUCAGAAAAGUGUUUUUUAUUGUUGUGUUUUGAUGUAUUUGAUGUAAGCCCAGUGGAUAUUUAAAGUUUACAGAAGGCUGCAUUUAACUGCUGCUAUGUCAUUCCUGCAGUAUUUCUGCAGGUGUUUUGGUCAGUGCUAUUGUUUGUAAUAUAUUAUAUUAUUUGUAAUCAGCACAAAUUAUCUGUCCCCAUAUGAUAAAAUCCACCAUCCCCCCUGAUUUUUUCUUACAACUCGAGUACUGAAUAUAACUAUAAAAGCAACCUCAGAAGAAGAUCUCCUACACUACCUUUAAAUCUGAUGUUCACAUGACAACUCACACGAGGGCAGUCCUGCAGACAUCCCUUUUUGUGAAUAAAAACGAGAAGCUCCUCAAAAGGCGUCUUGAGCAGGUUUUUCUUCUCUUGAAUUCACUGAGCCACUUUUCUGAGUCUUGACUCACAACUUUCAGCCGAAUGUUCAGUUGAAUCUCUCACAGAAAGACCAGAUCACACACGCACUGGCCGAGCAUCGUCCAUCUGGAGUCCGACACGUGUGGAGUCUGAGAGGUCGUGGCUGCUCGGUGUUGACAGUGUUUUGUUGUCGAGGUAGAACAGAAAGAAAAACACUAAAGUGAAAACUUCUCAAAUGUGUGGAUGUGUGGAGGGAACAAGCGCCCACUUGUGGAAUAAAAAAUAAACAGUUUGUGCUGUUUGAUGACGUUCAACUUGGCUGGUUUUUGAACAUUA